AAUUUUCCCAAUAUUUAAAAUUGCAAGGAUUUUGGGAUGACAGAGAAGUGAGAGAAUGAGAUUAUGAGAUAGGAUUGGAAAAUUCAAUUUGACACGGAUUGCAAAUUGUGCAAUUGCGUCUUAAAUUAACAUAUAUAUGAUAUAGCCUCCUCCAAUAGCACCACCCAACCAGGAGAACAGUGGUCAGUGCUGAGUCACGGUGCUAACAGAUCAUCAUCAUCUUCAUCAUCAUCACUAUCGGAAGCAGCGAAACCAAAAAUGUUGCAGCUUUCGAUUCAACGAGUGAGGAGUUUGAACUUGAAAACCUUGAGGCCUCAGAUCUUCGCUUUGAGGAACUCUGGUUUAUCUACGGCCACCGAGCACUCUGCCAAGCAGCCUCACCCUCCGAGGGUUCCAAAUCUCAUUGGAGGUGCUUUUGUUGAUUCGCAAUCACCGGCUUUAAUCGAUGUUAUAAACCCUGCAACACAAGAAGUUGUUUCACAACUUCCACUGACUACAAAUGAAGAGUUCAAAGCUGCAGUAUCUGCAGCAAAGCAGGCUUUUCCAUCAUGGCGUAACACCCCUGUUACUACCCGUCAACGUAUCAUGUUGAAGCUUCAAGCGCUUAUUCGGAGAGACAUUGAUAAGCUCGCGUUAAAUGUUACAACUGAACAGGGAAAGACAUUAAAGGAUGCCCAGGGAGAUGUGUUCCGUGGGCUAGAGGUGGUUGAACAUGCUUGUGGAAUGGCAUCUCUGCAAAUGGGAGAAUAUGCUUCCAAUGUAUCAAGUGGAAUUGAUACAUACAGCAUUCGUGAGCCACUUGGUGUUUGUGCUGGGAUAUGUCCCUUCAACUUUCCAGCAAUGAUUCCCUUAUGGAUGUUCCCAGUUGCAGUUACAUGUGGGAAUACCUUUGUAUUAAAGCCAUCUGAAAAAGAUCCUGGAGCUUCUAUAAUGCUUGCAGAGUUGGCAAUGGAGGCUGGUCUGCCUAAUGGUGUCUUAAAUAUCGUUCACGGCACCAACGAUAUUGUUAAUGCUAUAUGUGAUGAUGACGAUAUCAGAGCUGUAUCAUUUGUUGGUUCUAAUACUGCUGGAAUGCACAUAUAUGCAAGAGCAGCAGCUAAAGGGAAGCGCAUUCAGUCCAAUAUGGGGGCCAAAAAUCAUGCAAUUGUCAUGCCUGAUGCAAAUGUGGAUGCUACGUUAAAUGCUAUAGUUGCUGCUGGUUUUGGUGCUGCUGGACAAAGGUGUAUGGCUCUUAGCACAGUUGUUUUUGUUGGAGGCUUAAAGUCAUGGGAGAAUAAACUACUGGAGCGCGCCAAAGCUCUUAAAGUAAAUGCUGGAACAGAACCUGAUGCAGACCUUGGUCCCGUAAUUAGCAAACAGGCAAAGGAACGAAUACACAGAUUAAUUCAAAGUGGUGUUGAAAGUGGUGCCAGACUACCGCUUGAUGGGAGGAAUAUAGUGGUCCCUGGAUAUGAGAAUGGAAAUUUUAUUGGUCCCACCAUCUUAUCAGAUGUCACAGCCAACAUGGAGUGCUACAAGGAGGAAAUUUUUGGUCCAGUUCUUCUUUGCAUGGAGGCUGAUAGCUUUGACGAGGCCAUAAACAUUGUUAACAGAAACAAAUAUGGCAAUGGAGCAUCUAUAUUUACAACAUCUGGUGCAGCUGCAAGGAAAUUUCAGACUGAAAUCGAAGCCGGUCAGGUUGGCAUCAAUGUUCCUAUCCCGGUUCCUUUGCCUUUCUUCUCAUUUACUGGGUCUAAGGCAUCUUUUGCAGGCGAUCUCAAUUUCUACGGCAAGGCUGGAGUUAAUUUUUACACCCAGAUCAAAACAGUCACUCAGCAAUGGAAGGAUUUACCAGGUGGCGGUGGAAUUAACCUGGCAAUGCCAACUUCUCAGAAGACAUAAUCGACAAAAAGCUAAGGGGAGAGGAAGAUUCGAACUAGUGACCUCCGCUUCAUUAAGCGUGGUCCCAGCCGAUUGAGCUACCUCUUGAGGACGGACUCAAAUCUUUUUAUAUACUCAUACAU